GGUUGCGUUCUCUUCCUACAAUUACUAUAAGUUCUGCUUCACUACUCUCUGUCUUUUCUAUUUGUUUUUUGGUCAUAAAAAUGCAGAGGUGAUGUGAUUCGUUUUUACGUGAUAGCGACACCGUGUGUUCAAACAUAGAACUUCUGUUUAUUUAUUUUCUUAAUAAAGGUUCAGCUUUGGUUUUAAUACCAGCAUAUCUCGUACAUUAUACUGAUAAUAAACAUGUUCUCUAGUCUAUAAAUAUGCAGCUCAUCUUCAUUCCACAAAAAAAAUAACAUCACAUUUGCAGAUAUUUCCGCCUACAAUCAGUGACGUUGUUUAGCGUAAAAAGGUGUGGUUACGCACCGCUACGCACAAUCUCUCACGCACGCUUCUGGAGCUCACUAAUCUGAUCCACUCACCAUGAUAUAACAUCUGGAAGUCGUGAUUCCAAAAGGCCUUUACACUGCUGACAGGUCCGACACAUCAUUAAGGCAGCCAUGAGGGAUAGACUAAGUAACCUACAGGCUCUUUCUGCGUCCAGAAAUAAUCUGGAAGAGCAGGAAUAUGCAGAUUCGGUCUCAGAUUCAUUCAGCAAUGUGGAACUGGAAGAUGAGUUCCAUCAGCAGGCCAUCGUCUUUGACAACAAUGAGAUGGAUGCCGUGUUCGAUGAGGCUCAAGCUACAAGGCGUGAGAUUCAGUUCAUCCAUCUGGAUGUAAAGCGGCUCAGAGAGCAAAACACACGCAUCCUUAAUGAGCCAACUCGUACCAGCACGGUCAAGCGCGACUCCAAUGCUAUUGCUGCUGACAUUAAAUCCCGUGGGGAGGAUUUGCUGAAACGUCUUCAUGAGAUGGACUCUCAUGCCAAAGAGCUAGAGGAGGAACAUGGUAUCAAUUCGGCUGUAGCCAGGAUUGCUCGAACACAGUAUGCUGGCCUGAGUAACAGCUUCCGUAACGUGAUGAUGGAAUACAACGAAGCUGAGAUGAACCACAGAGAAAAGUGUAAGACGCAUAUCCAGAGGCAGAUGGAGAUUGUAGGGCGAGAGGUGACAGGUGAAGAGAUUGAGGAAAUGCUGGAGAAUGGGCAGUGGAACAUCUUCAGUGAUAACAUUCUCACAGAAGGGAAAACAGCACGAUCUGCACUAAGCCAAAUCGAAAGCCGACACCGUGACUUGCUGGAGUUGGAGAACCGACUCCAGAGCAUCCAUGAGGUUUUCCUGGAUGUGGCCAUGCUUGUGGAAGACCAAGGGCCCAUGAUAGACUACAUAUUCACUAAUGUUCAGAAAACUGAUGCUAAACUUGAAGAAGUGCUGAUUCGACUUGACCGAGCUAAGAGACAUGACAAAAACAACCCUUUCAAGAAGAUGUUCUGUAGCUGCUUUCCAUGCUACAAGUAAUUUCUUUGGUGAAAGAUGCC